AUGUUCAGCAAGGCCCUCUUGCAUGCCGGCAUCAUUGCCUUUGCCGAGGUGUCUGCGUUACCAUCUCCGCUCAUGCCAUGGAAGCCUUCAUAUCAAAAGUACACAAAUGUAGAGCUUGGCCCACGUCCCUACUACCUCGUAAAUAAUAUGGACGUCGGUUGGUUGAAGGACAAACUAUCUUCGUGUCUCAACCAGGAGCAGCGGCCCACCAAGUUCUCCAUCGGACAUCGUGGAGGCGGUUGUUUGCAAUUCCCAGAGGAGACUUCUGAAUCAAUUGCUGCUGGAACACGGAUGGGAGCAGGUAUUCAAGAGUGCGACGUAGCGUUUACGAGUGACCUCGAAUUGGUUUGUCGCCACGAUCAGUGUGAUCUCCACACAACAACCAACAUUGUUGCCACGGAGUUAGGAGCCAAGUGCACUCAGCCGUUCACUCCAGCAAAGAACGGAACAGCUGCCACAGCCAAGUGCUGCACCAGUGACAUUACCUUGGCAGAAUUCAAGUCGCUUUGCGGCAAGAUGGAUGGCUCCAACGCGUCUGCCACCACACCGGAGGCCUUCCUGCACGGAACGCCAGCUUGGAGGACUGAUCUAUACGCAACUUGUGGUACCGUCCUGUCACACAAGGACUUCAUCGGAAUUAUCGAUAGCCAAGGUCAAGAUUUUACGCCAGAGUUGAAAACGCCACCAGCUGCCGUCCCCAUGCCGUUCAAUGGCAACUUUACUCAAGAAGCGUUUGCCCAGAAGCUCGUGGACGAGUAUCGCGAAGCUGGUAUUGCCUUUAGUCGGGUGUGGCCCCAAAGUUUCCUUUUCGCAGAUGUUGCAUAUUGGCUCAAAAACGAACCAGAAUUCGGAAAGCAGGCUCUGCUUCUUGAUGAGAGCGGUGACACCCCCGAGACCUUUCAGGAAGCUAUUGCGAACCUGACAUUCUACAAAGAACAGGGCGUCAACCUCGUUGCGCCUCCCCUGCCGUAUCUGGUGACACUCAAUGCGAACAAUACUAUCAUUCCCAGUAAAUAUGCUACAGAAGCUAAAAGACUUGGACUGGAUAUUAUCACCUGGUCUCUGGAGCGCUCCGGGCCUAUCGCCAACGUCGGCAAGACGCCCGACUACUACUAUUCGACAUUCUACAACGGAACCAACAACGAUGGCGAUAUCUACAAGCUAGUCGAUGUUUUGGCCAGAGAGGUUGGUGUUCGUGGAAUCUUUUCAGACUGGUCUAGUACUGUCACAUAUUACGCCAACUGCUUCGGGAUUUUCCCUUGA